CAACUAAUAUUAAUAAUGAUAGAAAUUUAAAUUUUGGUAAAAAUACUAAUAAUUAUUAUAACAAAUACAAUAGCAACAACAUUAACUAUAAAAAUAAAAAUGAUAAUUUUGUAAGAUUUAAUAAUAAUAAUAACAAUAAUAAUUAUCGGCAAAAUUAUUAUCCACGUCAUCGAUCUCACUAUAACCACGAAUAUAGUAGACCACCUCCAAGACAACAAUCAAAUUAUUUGAUAAUAAAACAUCAAAAUGGUAUCAUUGAUGACUUGAAACUACAACUCCAGCAAUUGGUUAACGAUAAAGAGCUACUUCUGGAUAAGUGUGCAAACCUUGAACUGGAUUAUGACUCCUGUAAGCAACAACUCAGCGAAAGGAAUAAGACUGUCACCGAAAUGGAUGUACUAAUUGAAUGGAUGAAAAAUGAUUUGGAUCGCCGAUCGGAAAACAAAGAGUUGGAGAACAGGGAUCAGAUACAGACACUACAGAAUGAGAUCGCAGAGCUCAGUGAUACUAAUCAAGGAUUGAUAACAGCAAUGGACGACCAGAAACAGGAACUCCUGACGUUGAAUGUGGAGAACAGUAAUCUCAGUCAUCAGUUGAACGAAAAAGAAAAGUUUUCGACUAAUUUGAAACAAGAAGUCAAUAGACUUUUGGAUGAAAAUAAACAACUCAUUAAAGUUAACGAAGAGUUUACAGCAACGGCUAAUAAAAACUAUACAAUGAUUCAGACAAUUGAUACAGAAUUAGUUAAAGAAAGGAACAAACGUAAGGAACUGGAUAUCAAACUCAAGGCAUUGGUUACACAAAAAGACAGACAACAUAAGUGUGUCGAUGAUAUGAAACGAGAGAAUAUAGAAUUGGGUAAUGAAAUUGUUGGCUUAAUUAGUAGAAAACAGGAAUUACAGGAAAGGGCAGUCAAAUGGAGAGAUUUGUACAAUCAGUUGGCAAAUAAAUCAUCAAAAAAACAAAUAUCAUCUAAAGAUAAGAUUCAAGAAUUGACUAAAAAAUGUAGACAACUAUCGCAAGAGUUUAUAUCAGUUAAGGCAGAACUGACAAGAGUUCAGAAGCAGAGCAAACAUUUUCGUAAUUCAAGCGAAAUUAAUAAACGAAAAUGUCUGAUAAAUGAGAUUCGCCUGAAUGGGCACCGGGAGUUGAGAAACACAGACAUACGGAUAAUACAUGAGUCGACCGAUGCAAGCGUCAGAAAAACGUUUACUGAAGUCAAGGAAAAGAUCGACAAUAUAUUGAACACAAGUCUAACAGAGUUUCAGAUGAAAAACAAUGAAACGGUUGGCGAUGUUAUUGAAAAUGGUUGGAAAAGGAGUUGUGAUGUAGACAUCAAUGCCAACAAAAUUAAACUAAAUCUUAACGGAGAUAAAAUUAAUUGUUGUCAUUGUGACCGAUAUUUUUCUGGGUACGGCUUUUUGCACUUACAUUUGAUCAAAAAACAUGGAUAUACCAGAGCUAAUGCCCAAACCACUAUCAAACAGCACAAUAAAGACUAA